UUGUUGUCCUCUGAUAUUUGGGCUCCGGUUGUAGGGCGGUUCGUCCCGCCUGCGAGGGUGAAGUUACAGCCAAGAAGCCGUGACGGCAAAGUGGAGCCGUCACUGGCGGCGAGAUGGACAUCCUCAAGUCGGAGAUUCUGCGGAAGCGGCAGCUGGUGGAGGACAGGAACCUGCUAGUGGAAAAUAAAAAAUAUUUCAAGCGGAGUGAACUUGCAAAAAAAGAAGAAGAAGCAUAUUUUGAAAGAUGUGGCUAUAAGCCUAUAAAUGAGAAGCCAUCUGGAGAGAUACAGCCAAAAGAGGAAGACCAGAAACCGCUGACGUCAUCAAAUCCAGUGUUGGAACUUGAACUAGCAGAGGAAAAACUACCCAUGACUCUUUCUAGGCAAGAGGUCAUCAGAAGACUGAGAGAAAGAGGAGAACCAAUUAGACUGUUUGGAGAAACCGAUUAUGAUGCUUUCCAACGUUUAAGAAAGAUAGAGAUUCUUACACCUGAAGUUAACAAGGGCUUAAGGAAUGAUCUGAAAGCAGCUUUGGACAAGAUUGACCAGCAGUACUUGAAUGAGAUUGUGGGUGGUCAGGAACCCGGAGAGGAGGACACACAGAAUGACUUGAAAGUUCAUGAAGAAAACACCACCAUUGAAGAAUUAGAGGCCCUGGGGGAGUCCUUAGGGAAAGGUGACGAUCAUAAGGACAUGGACAUCAUCACCAAGUUCCUAAAGUUUCUUCUUGGCGUUUGGGCUAAAGAAUUGAAUGCCAGAGAGGAUUAUGUGAAACGCAGCGUGCAGGGCAAACUGAACAGUGCUACCCAGAAGCAGACCGAGUCCUACCUCAGGCCGCUCUUCAGGAAGCUCCGGAAAAGGAAUCUUCCUGCUGAUAUUAAAGAAUCAAUAACAGAUAUUAUAAAGUUCAUGUUGCAGAGAGAGUAUGUAAAGGCGAAUGAUGCGUACCUGCAGAUGGCCAUUGGGAAUGCUCCUUGGCCUAUUGGUGUCACUAUGGUUGGUAUCCAUGCCAGAACUGGCAGGGAAAAGAUUUUUUCCAAGCAUGUUGCACAUGUUUUAAACGAUGAAACCCAGCGGAAAUACAUUCAGGGACUGAAGAGGUUAAUGACAAUUUGCCAAAAGCACUUUCCUACGGAUCCAUCAAAAUGUGUGGAGUAUAAUGCGCUAUGAGAUGUAUGUACGCUGUGCACAUAACAUGUGCGCGUAGCAAGAAGCCUAGGCAAGCAGCAUGUGGACUUCUGGCCUUACCACAGCAGCAAAGAAAGAAUUCCACAGGACAGCGCCAUCGGAUGCAAGUCUGUGUUGGCUUUCAUAUGGUAUUAGACUUCUAACACAUUUAUGUGUGUUGUUUUCAUUUUAAUCAGUUGAAAACUUAAGUCCUAAAGCUGUUAUCCAUAGUGUAGAUGUGUAGACAACAACAACCAGCAAGGGGUUUGAAAUGACCUUUCUCCCCGGGACCCAAAAUAUGUCAUUAGAUAAUUAGAAAUAUUUGAGGUCAGGUUUAAGCUUUCUGUAAAUUAUCGUGAUUUCCACAUAUUCCUCUUAUGUAGUAUUUAUAGAAAAUAUUUUUUUGUAUUUCAACAAAAGUGUGGUACCAUUGAAAUGUUCUUUUACAGUUCUUAAAUAUUUUGUGGACUUUUGUCAUCUUGCAAUAGAAUGUAAAUGCUACUGUUACGUGUUAUUUUUUAUUGUGUUUCAGACUUGCUUUUGUUUCUAAGCAGAGUACAUUUUAGUAUUUGUCAUCUUUCUGGACAGAUAGGAUUAAUAGAUAGAAGGUUGGAAAGCAAAGACGGUAAAUUCCACCAGCAUACGUCAGAACACCAGCGCAUCCAGGUGAGGGUGAGGUGAUGGACAUUGGGGUCAGCUGAGAGUGGCGGCCUUAGGAUGGGAAAGCUGAAGAGGGCGGAGGUCCUGGCUUCGCCAUGCCACACUCGGUCCUCAGUCCAAUCUCACCAAAUGAGGACUUGCUCUGGGUAUUACAGUGUUGACCUUUGGUCAUUGUGCCCACUCCCUGCUGCAGCGCUGGCAGGACUGGGUUGUUAGGUGACAGGUUGAGGGACCACACGAGGACUGGCAGCUUCUCAGCUCCAUGCACUAACAGAACAGCGGUGGACAGGUGCUUUCAUCUUGUCGGGCUUUGGCUUCCUUCUCUGGCACUGAUGAGGGUACACACCUCACGUUAUUAUUGUGUAGGUAAAAUGCUGAGCCCGCUGACUGGGGGAGGACAGGAGAUCAUUAUUGCCUGGCAUAUAUCUUAUCAGUGUAGACCAAGGGCCAAUAAGGCCCCGCUCUGUGGCUACGAUGGGAUAGUAUGUACUUGUGUGAUAAUAACAAUAAUGAUUGUAUUAGCAGCAAGUAGUAAAUGUGGAAUCAUUAAGUUUUUCCUGUCUUUACUUGCAUCUAGGUCCAGGUUUAGAGUUGCAGAGAAUGGGAGCCUGAGGCUGCUGGAGGUGGCUUAGAGUCACAGUUGCUUAUUCUGGUCUCUCUUUAGAAAGAGUGAAAGCCACUUUGGGCUUCUUGAGGUCCAAGGCUGUGCAUAGAUAUGACAGUCUCUGCCAGUUACUUGCAGGGAGGUAGGUGUCUGUCUUGGUUUGAAUCAGAGUCCUCGUCGUCCCCUCCCCCGCACACUGUAGAACAAGUCUUUUCUUAUGAUUAAAUUGGGUAGAACUCUGAGGGAUUUAUUUGACAAUGAGAAACCUUGAUGAGAUGUGCAACAAGUCCCUACCUGUGACAUGUGGUUUUGUUAUGAAGGUCUUUAUGAAUAUUACAGGAUAAUGCCUUAUUAUAACUAUUACUGGAUAAUAAUUUAUUUAUUAUCGCUGUCAGGUCACAGCAUGGAAAGUGAUUUUAUGUUGUCUUCCUUUCUGUUAUUAAUGUUCCACAUGAAGAAGAAACUGUAUCAUGCGACUUCAGUACUUCGUAAACUUGAUCAUUGUGGGCUGGUUUUGGUUUUGUUGUUUUAAGAGGAGGGUAUGUAUUCUAUAGGACUAUGAUGUGACUUUAGUCUUUCUGAGUUAGGGUGGAAGGAAGCAUGUUUAAAUACGUGGCUUUCAGAAAAGUUUUUUAUGUCUGAAAUUAAAGAAGCUAUAUAGAUACUCCUAGAAUAUGUAGAAAAUGAUAUUUCAUUCAAGUCAUGGAAAUUUUACUUCUGCAUAUACUCUGUAUUUUGUUUCAGAUUUUUUAAAACAAUAAAGAUAUACUUUUCCUUUUAAACAGUCACAGUUCUAAUUAACUAUAUUUCUUCCUCCCUCUCCAUCCUUCCAUUCACAAGAA